AUGAUUUUGUUGGGACAUAGUUUAGGUGGCUACAUUGCUGCCGCCUACGCUCUCAAAUACCCCGAAAGGGUGCGGCACCUGGUGCUGGCGGACACGUGGGGCUUCCCGGAGCGUCCGGCGCAGUCGUUGCAGGACAAGCAGCCACUGCCGCUGUGGGUGCGCGCGCUGGCGACGGCCAUGCAGCCGCUCAACCCGCUGUGGGCAGUGCGCGCCGCCGGCCCGGCCGGCCGCUGGCUGGUGCGCCGCACGCGCCCCGACCUCGCGCUCAAGUUCGCGCCGCGCCUGCCGCACGCCGAACAACUCAUCCCCGACUACAUCUACAAGUGCAAUGCGCAGACGCCCAGUGGUGAGAGUGCAUUCCAUGCAUUGAUGAUUGGUUUCGGCUGGGCCAAGAACCCUAUGGUACACCGUGUGGGUCAGUUAGACCCGAAGCUUCCAAUCACCGUCAUGUAUGGCUCACGGUCUUGGGUGGACAACACGACUGGCGAGUUGCUCUGCCAGAAUAGACCUAAUUCCAAGACAUACGUCCAGGUGCUUAACGGAGCCGGUCACCACGUGUAUUUAGACAAACCGGAUUUAUUUAAUAAAUAUGUCAUAGAGGCGUGCGAUCGAGCUGACGCAACCGAUUCACGUACGGAGAAGCAAGUUGCAGACGAAAGCAAUUGUAAUGGAGAGAUAAACUCAACGCCCUCUUCUUGA